CUGAAAAUACACCUCCAGAACACUAGAGGGCAGUGGAGCGCCCGAGUGGCGGUGAAGCCGCUGUACUUUACCCACAGAUUGAGUCUUUACUGCUUUAUUGCUGUUGUAUCAGGUUAGCUGGAUAUUUGGGCUGAACCUUUAUGCAGUCUUUCAUCAUGAAAACCUCAAAGGAAGCUGUUCAGAAUGCUGCAAAGGAGUUUCUUAAUUUUGUGAAUCGUGGAGUUUCACCAUAUCAUGUGGUUGAAGAGUGCAAGACUCGUCUUUUAAAAGCUGGCUUUACAGAGCUAAAGGAAUCCGAACACUGGGAUAUCAAACCAGCAAACCUGUACUUUUUGACACGGAACUACUCCACAAUCAUUGCCUUUUCUGUGGGCGGCCUGUACAAACCAGGCAACGGCUUCUCCAUCAUCGGAGCCCACACAGACAGCCCCUGUCUGAGGGUAAAGCCACGCUCCAAGAAGACGAGGUCAGGCUGCCUGCAGGUAGGUGUAGAGUGCUACGGUGGAGGAAUCUGGAACACAUGGUUCGACCGGGAUCUGACUGUUGCCGGCCGUGUCAUGGUCAGGAAUGGAGAUAAGCUGGUGCAUCGUCUCGUGCAUGUCCAGCGGCCCAUCUUGAGGAUCCCCCAUCUGGCCAUUCACCUGCAGAGAGACAUCAACGACUCGUUUGGCCCUAACAAGGAGAACCACCUCGUGCCUUUCCUGGCCACUGCCAUUCAGGAGGAGCUAGAGACAGGUGCUUCUGCUGCUUCUUCUAGUGAUCCCUGCAAUGCAGGAUCUACAGCAGAGAAACACCACCCGGCUCUGGUCCAGCUGCUCUGUGAUGAGCUGAAGGUCAAGUCUGAUGUGCUGCUGGAUUUUGAGCUGUGUCUGGCAGACACACAGCCAGCGGCACUGGGAGGUGUGUAUGAAGAGUUUAUUUUUUCUCCUCGUCUGGACAACCUUCACAGUUGCUUCUGUGCUCUGACCGCUCUGAUAGACUCUAGUACUACUGCCUCUCUCUCGGAAGAGCCAAAUAUCCGUAUGGUCACUCUGUAUGACAACGAAGAGGUAGGGUCAGAGAGUGCUCAGGGUGCCAUGUCAAACCUGACGGAGCUUGUUCUGCGUCGCCUGGCAACCAGCAAAGAAAAUCUGACUGCCUUUCAGGAGGCCAUGCCAGUGUCCUUCAUGAUCAGCGCUGAUAUGGCUCAUGCUCUGCAUCCAAACUACCAAGAUAAGCAUGAAGAGAAUCACAGACCAGCUUUCCAUAAGGGUCCAGUCAUAAAAUUUAACAGCAACCAGCGAUACGCCACCACUGCUGUAACUGCCUCCAUCUUACGGGAGAUUGCCAGGAGGAUGGAUGUGCCGCUUCAGGACGUGAUGGUGCGGAACGACAGUCCCUGUGGAACAACCAUUGGCCCCAUCCUGGCUGCUCGGCUGGGAAUUCCGGUGCUGGACAUUGGCGCUCCGCAGCUGGCCAUGCACUCCAUCAGAGAGAUGUGCUGCACCUCCGGAGUCCUCCAGACCACAACUCUAUUCAAGGGCUUCUUCGAGCACUUCCCCUCCGUGAGAAACAUGGUUGUGGUGGACUAGGCUGUGCUGCUGUGACACAGCAUAACUAGACAGGUGACCAGAGGCGUAUCCAAAUGAGGAAAAUCAGAAUCUGUCCAUCUCAUCUUAAAACUGUUAAUUAUCCAAAGUACAUCAUUAAAUUUGUAAAAGGGUUCUACUCCAGAGUGAAAGCCCAAAGAACCUUUUUGGCUGCUAGUUAGAACCUUUAUUUCAAGAACACAAUCCUAUAUUUUCUCCAAGCACAGUACUUAUAUGAACCUAGAAGGAUUUCAACACUGUUUUACUCACUAACUGUCUACUUGGUUGCUAAAUCUUUGGCUGUUUUCCAUUACAAGCAGAAUGGAGUUGUUAAAGACAAUAAAAAAAAACUAUGUCUCUGUUCUU